AUGAGUGAUUUUUUUACUGAAACCUUGGCGGACUUCAGCUUUAAAGUCUUCUACUACGGAGACGAGCUUCCGGAUUUCUUUUGGAACCUCCACACCAGUGCCAACCUUUCAGCGCUGGGAGAGAAAAAACGGCCGAUUGCAGUUGGAGGGGUUUUGCGUCGCAUCAUCAGCGGCAGCUUCUGCCGCCAGUACAAGGGAGGAAUUGCGAACAUCUUCGAAGCAGCAAAUCAGUUCGGAGGUGGUGUUCCAGGAGGAGUUGAAAUAGUGGCUUCCACAGCAGCCCUCAGCCACCAGCAAGGCAGCACCAUUCUCUCCUUUGAUGGGAAAAACGCUUACAACAGCAUGCGCAGAUCUUCCAUCUUGCCAGCAGUGGCCACUCAUACGCCACACUUGGUGAAGUACUUCGGGAACAUCUACGCUCGAACCAAGGCGAAACUUCUGUUCAACGAAGAUGGUUCGAUCGAGGUUGUUGUUCUUUCACAGCGCGGAGUUCAACAAGGCUGCAAUUGGGGAGGGUUUGGCUUCUGUGUAGGACUUCUUGAUAUCAUGAAAGAGUUCAACAACAAGCCACCAGUGCCAGGAGUCAAACUCAUCGGAUACGUCGACGACCUCCAAGCACAUCUUCCACCAGGUUUGGCUAGGAACAUGCAGGCCAUAUCCACUGUAACGAAUUGGAUUCAGGAACGUCUCUCCCAAAAAGGCAUUGAGCUCAGUCUCCCGAAAUCCAAAGUGCUUUUCCCGGAAGGUCUUUGCAUGUCCUCUUUGACAAACGACGAACAGCAACAAUUGACGAAAAUUGGUCUGUCAGUUGCUGAAGGUGGCAUGCCAGUUGUCGGGAUCCCAGUAGGAACAGAGGAGUUCCAGAGGAAUUUCGUUUCCAAAAUCGCCCGUGGUGACCCGGCGGAAUUGAUACUCCGCCUAGCAACGCUUGACGACCCUCAAGCCAGCUAUCAACUGCUGCGUUUAUCUGGUGUGCCACGUUUGUUCCAUCUGCUGAGGACGAUUGCACCGUCUAUCACCAACUCUGCCGCAAAAAUACAUGACAACAUGAUGAUGUGGGCAAUGAGUAAGAUCGUCCUUGGCAAGAUGGCCGACAGCAUGAGAAUACCAACGGUCAAAGAGGUACGCGCAGACCCGACGAAGAGCGAGGAGGUAGAUUUCUUCAAAGGGACAGCUCGGGCGCAGGUGCACCUACCCAUGCGAGAAGGAGGACUAGGAAUCACGAGCAAUGUUCUCAUUCGAGAAUCGGCUUUUGUGGCAGGGCAAGCGCUGGUGUUCUCCAAGUCAGUGCAAGCAUCGACAGGAUACACAGUUGAGCAAUGUCUACCCCGGCUUGCCCAGCUACCGACAGGAUUGGCUCUGAUUGACUCGCUGAAGAAGCUAGAGGAAAUCAUCACCAAAGACAAGCUUGAAAAAGCUGUUGGGCAGUCAUGGGCUAAACUUGCCACAAGUGAUGAGUUAACCCCCGCCCUCAAAGGAGUUUACUUGUUGGAAGCAGGGAAGGCGGGAAAACCCCGUGAAGAUGGAAACCCUGACGUAGAACAUCAACCACCGUCUACCUUCAGCCGAAAUGAAUUUGGUCAACACUACCAAGUCUUUGGAGCCCAAGCUCUCCUUUCGAAACCUCUUCAUGCAGCAGUGCGCCACAUGGUGGAGACAGACUUGCAGAAAGUAGUAGGCGAGGAAACGCCAAAGAAGAGGGCGUUGAUCCGCUUGGAGGAAGCGAAAGGCAAGGGAGUUUUGUCGUGGUUGACAACGCAAGGGUUGUCAGCAGAUGAAAGAAUGCUGCCUGAUCUAUAUCGAGAGUCAAUCGGUCGUGUACUGGGGAGUCACGAUCGAGCAGACUGCAACACAGGCAAACUUUGUGGUGCAGGUGCAUUGUUACCAUGCAAGGACCGCUUGAGCCGAGCCCACUCCCUCGUCUGCACCAAGACCGGCGCCUCAACCUUCCUCCAUAACAGGAUGGUUCGAGUGGUCCUCAAGACACUGCGCGAGUGCCAUAUGCCCAUCGCCGUUGAGGAUUCUUCCCCUUUUACCACAGGCACUGGUAGGGGAAAGGGGCUAUACAAGAUGGAUUUGGUAAUCCCCCCAGGAUUACACGCAGGAGAGAAGGAAGAGGACCUCUGCACCAAGUCCAUUCUGAUCGACGUAACAAUCGUCAACCCAUCAGCAGGUCGAAGCAUCGACAAGUCGAUCCUUAAGCCAGGAUCAGCCCUCGAAGAUCGAGCUGCAAGUAAGGCAAAUCACUAUGCGGGAACUUUCAACCCGUCUAGAUCUACCCUCCUUACUGCUGCUUUUUCAACGAAUGGUGGUCUUGGCAAAGGCACCAAUCGACUCAUCGUUGCUAUCGCCAACCACUUGGCGCACGAAGCUUUUUGCCGGGAAAAUUUUGACGACGAGAGGGCCUUAGUUCGCCUGAAAGCUUUUCAUACUAACAGGAUUCGGAGACGGUUUACCUUCGAGCUAGCUCGUUUUCUGUCGAUGCGAACUCGCGAUGUGUUCAAACGUCAUGGGCUACUGAUCGACCAACUUCCACCAGGGCCAAUCGGUUGGGAUCUCUGCGACAACGAUAGUAGUGAGGGGCUAGGGAAGAACUGCCCAGAGAUUCUUCUUGUCGAAAUGAGGAUCAGAAUGAUGGUAGCGAAAACAAGGAGGACACUGGUGAAAGUACUCCUAAACGAACUCGAGUACUAG